AUGUAUGCACUGCAAGUUUUACAUGGUGUAACCGUACUCAUAUCUUCAGAUAGCAUCACUGAAGACAUGAACACCGAAGUCGAAGCCGUUCUCAUGGACAUGCUAGGCAAUGUUCAAGACUGGAAAACCAUAGACCUAAAAACCCUCAUUCACCGUUUAGCCGCCCGCGUCUCUUGCCGCGUCUUCCUUGGCCCAGAACUCUCAGACAAUGCCGAAUGGAUCGAUAUAGACGUAACCUACACUGAAAACUCCAUGAGGGUAAUCUAUCAACUGCGCAGUUUACAUCCAAUCUUUCGACCCAUUGCGCAAUGGUGGAUGCCCGCCCUUCGCGUAUGCAGGCUGCAAGUUGCAAAGUCACGCGAAAUCAUCAAUCCACUCGUUCAGAAACGGCUGCAGAAGAAAGCUAAUGGCGAGGCUACUGAAAAAACUGCUGAUAUAAUUAGCUGGAUUGAUGACAAGGCUAGGGCGAAGAAGACAAAGAUUGAUUUUGCCGAACUACAGCUAUUCCUCUCGUUCGCGGCUGUGCAUACUACUACGGAAAUGAUAUCGGGAUUAAUGUGCGAUCUUGUCGAGAAUGAGCACUGGAUCUCACAAAUCAGGGAAGAGACGUUGUUGGCUUCGAUGAAGCUGCUUGGUAGCGCGAUGAAAGAAUCGCAGCGCUUGAAUAAGCUGACUGGUCUCGGGACGCAACGCGUAGUUCUAUCCAACGUAACCUUCUCCAACGGCACCAUAAUCCCCAGAGGCUACAAACUCGCCGUCGAACACCGAUUCUCGGACCCAACUCUGUACCCCAAGAGCGAGCACUUCGAAGCAGGUCGGUUUCUCAAGCUGCGCGACACUGAUCAGAGUCGGUGGCAAUUCGUUACCGGGUCGCCUGAGCAUCUGGGAUUCGGAUACAGAAAGCAUACUUGCCCUGGCCGCUUUUUCGCCAGCAAUGAGAUCAAUAUUAUUAUAGUCUACUUGCUCGUCAAGUAG